AUGUCUAAUCUGAUAAGAUUUUAUGAAACCUUAAUCAAAAUUAUACAAGAAUGUAAGGAGGAAUUACAAAAUAAGCACUCAGUUACCUUCAAGCGUUGGCUUGCACAGGAAUCAUGUAUCGACUAUAAGAAUGAUAUUGGCUAUAUAGAUAAAGAACACCAUAUGAUAGAAGUGGAUAUUAUGUUCAAAAAAACAAUAAGGUUAUUGAUGGCCAAUAUUUCAAAUGAGAUAUUUUUGUUUACUCAAGACGGAGAGAAAUAUGUAUGGUAUGAUACGACUGCAAUUACAUUCAAUAUUGAAUUUGACGAUGAGAUUGAAGAUACUCUGCCCGAAACUGACCAUGAGAAUUCGAUCGUAGCAGAUCCUAGAGAGAUCUCACAUUGUAUACAUUAUACUUCCCAUAAGAUAGAUUGGAGCAACACAAGGAUUGUAAAAGCCACAACUAACGAGUUUAAUUUUCUCGCUUUAACUGAUGAUGGCAAACUGUAUUACAAAAAAGUCACGGGCUACAUAAAGAAAAUUAGGGAUAUAUAUCGAAUAGAUAUCAAAGAGAAGGUUUCAUGCAUGGGUUGCGGAAACAAUUUUUGUGUAAUAGUUACCGAUAACUUCAAGAUAGUCUGUGGAAUAGAACAUACACUUGCACUAACUGAUACAGGGAAAGUCUAUGGUUGGGGUUCAAAUGUUGCAUAAAAUAAACAGAUAAUUUUUCGGCAGAUUAAUAUAGCUAAUGUAAAGAAAAUAUCGGACAUCGCCGUAAUUGAUUACAAAAGCUUUGUCAAGUCUAGCAAGGACGGACUUGUCUAUAUAUGGGGUCAUAUUGCUUACAUCCGACCUAAAAAACCUGCCGUCUGUGAAUAUACGAACGUAUUUGACAUAUCCAACUCCAUGAUGGGUCAAUCGCCAAUAUCCGUCACCAAUGAAUUCGUGAAUGAAGAAUUUCGCAUAUUAAAUGAUUUGGAAGCUGCGUUCAACGAUCAGUCAACGAGUGAUCUCACGAUAAUAGUCGAGAAACAACCAAUUUAUGUUCACAAGGCUAUUCUGAAGAUUCGUUCUACAUAUUUUAGAAACAUGUUCCUAACUAAUUAUAUUGAAAAUAGACAAAGCAUCAUCGAGAAUCAUCAUCAUAAGUAUGUCAUUUAUAAAACAUUUUUAGAAUAUUUAUAUACCGGUAGGAUCAAUCUAUCAUCCUUUGAGAACCUGUUAGAUCUUUUGCGACUGGCAGAUGAAUUCUGCGAGAAAAAUCUCCAGACGGAUUGUAUACGAAAAAUAAAAAAAACAAUUAAUGUAUCGAAUGUCAUAUACGUUUUUAAAAUUAUCAACGAAAUGACAGUAGAACAUCACAAAAAGGAAUUGAUGAAAUAUUGCUUCACCUUCUGUUUUAAAAACAUGACGAAUGUAACCCAGUCAGAAAGUUUUGAAGAAUUGGAUAUCGAAACAAAGUCUAUGUUAAUAGAUAAAAGGAAAAAUUUUUUUUUAUCAAAAAUUAGUAAUUCUGGUUAUUUAGAAUAA